GAGUUUUAACAUUAGAUCAAGCAUGAUAACAGAAAAAGCGAAAAAUCAAAGCUUGAUUGUCAAAAGAUGUUUAAUUUGUGCCAUCAUGAUCAAAACUAUUGUUUGAAUAUAAAAAUGCAUACGAAAGUGCUUUUCAUUGUAAUCGAUACCCUGGUUGGAAGCUCACGAAACCGGAACCGCAUGCAUCUGAGAACUUUCACAUCUUUACAGUCUCAAGGCGAACGUCGAUUUAAGGAAGAAAGUUAACUCAUGGAUAGCCUGAAGAAUUUGAAACAACUUCACUUGAAUAAACUGGAAUGGAGUCCGAAAUCCUUUAAGAUUUCUGAUUUCCUACAAAAGUUCACGUUGCCACAAGUCGUAAAGGUGAUCGAAGGUUUCUACGGAGAGAAUGAGGAAACUAGUCUGGGAGCAGACCAAAUAUUAUCUUUACACUGCAUGAAGUCCACAGAUAAAUUGCUGGGAAAGGAUUAUCGUGGGAAAGAGAUCAAUAUUCCCUUACACUGUCAAAACAAGGUGGAAGUCAGACCAUCGAACAUGAAAGAUGUUUACGAUAAUGUCGAAGAACUGUGCACAGCUUUUCCUCGUUUUGUUCGCAUCUCGCAGGGUUAUUACAACAUGUCAACGGAUGAAGAAGUUCUCAAUGUUGGCGACAAGUUGGAGCUGAAACGUAUUGAUAAGAGCAAGAAAGGCCAGGAGAGAUUGAUAUGCGUAAACCAAAAUGGACAAGUCGUUGAGCUACCGAAAGACUGCGUUGCCGGCUUUCAACCCCUUCUUGAUGGCAAGGAAUACUUCCUGGCAGAAAUCGUGAAAAAGUUAGAGAUGCCAUUCUACAUACAGUUUAUAGAUCCGCCGACUAUGGAGAAACGAAACGCUUCAUCAAAUGCCAACUUUUUCAACUCAAACCUCGGUGCUAUUUACAUUGAAAGUUCCUUCGCGGAGAAUCUUAUCAUUGCUUCCACCAUUAGCCAAGAUGGCGAAAGGACAGUUGUGACAUUUCCAAGGCAGCUUGACAUAAGACUGUCCGUUUGUGAAGGAAUGUUGCAAAACAGUGUUGCGUACGCCGAGUUGUGUCAAAUGAUGGAUAAUGGAAUGGAUCUAAAGAGCCUGGCACUAAUCGAUGCCAUGAGUGCUUUUCAACCAAGGAAUUCCGUCAGGGAAUUCUUAUACAAGGAUUUGGUUGAUAUACCAUCCUAUCCUCAAACCCAUGGAAUUCAUUCAAGCUCAGAGGUCACUAAUAACCUCUACGAUGAGGUAGUACAAUCUUCAACAAAAAUAGCACCGGUCGACCAAGCGAGUCAGGUUGCAGUGACAGAUAACGCGAAAACCUCAGCGAAUGACGAACAUAAAGAAACAACAGAAAAAUGCACCAAACAAGUUGACGAAAUUCCACCAAAACCGGAAAUAGUUAAUGCUACUAAAAAAUUCCCUCCUGAGAAAUCCAGCCCACCCGUCGCAACUAAAAAAUCCCUAACGGACAAUUCUACAACUCCUGCCGUAACUGAGAAAGAUACGAGUUUUGAAGAUUCUCCAAAGCCUAAAAGAGAUCCAGAUCCAAAAGACAAUCAGGGCAGUGCUAAAUCUCAAAAUGAAAGUGUAGCCUUGCCAACAACCGAUGAUCCUAAGGAAGAUGAAAAGACUUCAAAACGCUCGAAUGUGUCUGCGUACACAGUAAAACAAGUGAGUGAAAUUUUGAAAGAGCUUGGAAUGGAUAGGUACAUCGUUAAAUUUCAAUCAGAGAUGAUUGAUGGUGAAAUGCUGCUGUGCUUGGAUGACGAUAUACUCAUGGCAGAUUUUGGUAUGAAUAAACUACACUGUAUGAAAUUAAAGAAGUAUCUUGAUGGUUGGACACCAAAAGUUUAAUCUCCGGAAUGGAAAUUUGAAUUAAGCUAAGCAGAGCAUAGUUAGAUAGUUGUUUACAUUGAGCUUGUGUUAAGAUUGCACUUCUUAAUGAUAGGUUAACUUACGGAGCCGCUUCUGAGCCUGAUUUAAGAUUAAAAGUAAUUUAUUAUGAGUAUAGAUCAAAUGUCUGAUUCUGAGGUCGAUUCGGAUCGAUUCAAGUUAGGUAAUCGCAUUUAUGCUUGAUUUAAGAUUAAAGUACUUCGCAGAGAACUUCAAAAAAGGCAUUUGGAAAUAGUCAACGAUAUGUUUUAUAAUGGAUUCUGUAAUUUUAACAACCGAACAAACUUGCACGUGAACUCUUUUUGUAAACAAUUUUAGACAAUGAAUUAAUUCUAACACUGGAAAUAAAAAUAAUUUAAGUCAGUGUUCAAA